AUGGGUGAGCCGCGGUACCUGCAGGCCGAGUGCGCUUUCCGGCCCGGGGCACACUCGGUGCGGGUGACCCUGACCCGCUCCACGCUGCGGGUGGAGGUGGAGGCUCACGGCACCGCCGACCUGUGGAGGGGCGAGUUCGAUGCCGCCUUCAUCGAGGACCUGACCCGCAAAACGGGGAAUUUCAAGCAGUUUGGCAUUUUCUGCAGUAUGCUGGAGUCGGCACUCACACAGAGUAGCGACUCCGUCAGCCUGGAGCUCCUCACCUACACCGACUUGGAGACCCUGCAUAGCCGGAAAGUGGGGGCAGUCACCCGGCCUCUCCCUUCCACCUCUUCCUCCCUCAACACCAAGCGCUACCUCAUCCUCAUCUACUCUGUGGAGUUCGAUAGGAUCCAUUACCCACUGCCCCUGCCCUACGUGGGGCGGCCGGACCUUGCGGCACUGGUGCGGGAGCUGCAGGAGCAGCUGGCGCAGCUCCGGGCCCGGCGCCUGGAGGAGACCCAGCACCUGCGGGACGCGCUGUGGCAGGCGCUGGAGGAGAAGCGGGCAGCAGAGGCCCGGCACCAGCGCGAGUACCGGCAGCUGGCUGCAGAGCUGACCCAGGCAAAGGCGUCGGAGCAGAGGCUGCAGCUGCGGGUGAAGAACCUGACAGCUGAACUGGCCUCCUGCAGGAGGGGCCGCCAGAAAUCUGCCAGCCCGGCCCCACGCCCCAAGGAGCAACGCUCAGCAUCCCUGGAGAGCCACAGGAGCAGCCGGGGCCGCCCCUCACCACAGUCCCUGUCGCCUGCAGGCUCCCACCGACCACGCUUCGACCCCACUGCCUUUGUCAGGAACCGUCAGCGCCAGCAGAAGGAAGCUGAGCUCAGAAGCCAGCGGCAUGGAGUGGCUUCUGGCAGCGCCAGCCCAGCAAGGAGCCACAGGCGCAGCUCAUCUGCUGAAAGCUCCCGGAGCUGGCGCUUGGGAGGGAGCUCUGGCAGCAAAGCCAGUGAGCGCCACGAGCCCCUGCCCUGCAGGGACAGGAGAGUGACCCGUAAACGGAGACCCCUGAGCACCUCGUCCUGCAAUGGCCCCUGUAUGGUGCCUCACACAGCUGCCAGCCACAAGCUGCCAGCAUGCAGGACUGGUGGCAAGCACCCUGGUAAAGAGAACCGCUCCAAGGAGCCCUCAGCUGCACUGGCUGAGAUUGACGCCCGGCUGCAGGCUCUGCAGGAGUACAUGGACAGCCUGAACACCCACAUGUGACCCCCUCCGGGGACACACAUCCUCUCCCUGUAUCCUCAGGGGGUGACAGUGGUGGUGUGG